GUUUUCCGAAGCAGGCAUCUGAAAACAUUUGGAAAAGCGAAAUAAGAGUUGUUUAAGAAAGAAGAAAUUACAAUAAGUUCAAAUAAAUAAAGUGAUUUGUGCUCUAAAUAUUGACCGAGGAGUUAGACAAUCCAGCGACACUUGGUAGCGGAGGGGGAGGUGAGAUACCAACGCCAUCAAAACAAACCCGAGAAACGUCAGUGUAUCUUGAGCUCCUGUGCACGGUGGACAAACUUACACAUUCUCAAAGAUGUACGCCUGUUCACAGCUGUACAGGCGUUUCAGCACCUCCCAGAGUUUGUUGGACAGAAUGAGGGUCGCUAUCAUUGGUCAGUCAACAUUUGCAGGAGAGGUUUAUAAACAGCUGGUGAAAGAUGGACACAAAGUGGUGGGGGUGUUUACUGUACCCGACCAGGGCACCCGAGAAGACCCUCUUGCGACGAUGGCAGCGGCUGACGGUGUUAAGGUGUUCAAGCUCAAGUCAUGGAGGAAAAAGGGAGUAGCUUUGCCUGAAGUGUUGGAGAGUUACUUGUCAGUCAACCCAGAGCUGAAUGUGAUGCCUUUCUGCAGCCAGUUUAUUCCAAUGGAGGUAAUCAACCAUCCCAAGAACAAAUCCAUUUGCUACCACCCAUCUAUCCUGCCCCGACAUCGUGGUGCUUCCUCCAUAAACUGGACUCUUAUGUGUGGAGACAAGACAGGAGGAUUUUCCAUCUUCUGGGCUGAUGAUGGUCUGGACACUGGACCCAUUCUGCUGCAGAGGAAAGUGGACAUUGAUCCAAAUGACACAGUGGAUUCACUCUACAACAGAUUCAUGUAUCCAGAGGGCAUCAAGGCAAUGGCUGAAGCAGUUAGCAUGGUAGCAGAAGGCAAAGCUCCCAAGAUCACUCAGCCAACAGAGGGAGCUACAUAUGACCCAAUGCUGAACAAGAAAGAACUCUGCAAAAUCAAUUGGGACCAGCCGGGCGAGAGUGUACACAAUUUCAUCCGAGGGUUAGAUUCUUCACCUGGCGCAUGGACGGUGAUGGACGGUCAAGAGGUAAAACUGUUUGGUUCAAAGAUGUUCAGCGGAUCUGCAGGCGAUGGACUACAAGUUGAGAUUGAGGGUCUUGCUACACCAGGUGUAAUUCACAAGGAUGGACUUAUUCUCACCGGCUCAGAUGGUAAAAAGUUGUGUGUGGCUCGCCUCAGUGUUGACGGCAAGAUGAUGAACGCCUCAAAGUACGGUACGGCGGCAGAAGCCACCGAGGCCAUAGAGUUAUCAGAGGAAGAACAGGAAGUAGCCAAUAAGAUGAAGGAGACUUGGAAGGCCAUCUUGAACAUCGAGAUCGCUGAUGAUACUGAUUUCUUCAAGUCUGGAGCUGGCUCUAUGGAUGUUGUGAGACUGGUCGAGGAAACCAAAGAAAAGGCUGGAGUCUCACUGGAGAACGAAGAUGUGUACAUGGCUACUACCUUCCGAGAGUUUGUCCAGGUGAUGGUGAUCAAGAUGCGAGGAGGAGACACCAAGCCGGUGUUUGAGUACGAUGCCUUCAAGAUGCACGUCAACAACAUGGACAUAGAAUUUCCUCAACAACUUUUCAUUGAUGGCCAGUUUGUGGAUGCUACAAGUGGCAAAUUCCUGAAGAGCAUUAACCCUGCUACUGAAGAACUUAUAUGUGAUGUUCAUGCAGCUGGUAAGGAGGACGUCAAUAUGGCUGUCGCUGCAGCUAAGAAAGCUUUCUAUCAAGGACCGUGGGGCAGCAUGAAUGCCAGAGACCGUGCAACACUUAUCUUCAAGUUAGCUGAUCUGAUGGAUGAACACAAGGAGGAACUGGCUACCAUUGAAACCAUUGACUCGGGAGCCGUGUACACCCUCGCCCUGAAGACGCACGUAGGCAUGAGCAUAGACACUUGGCGGUACUUUGCGGGCUGGUGCGACAAGAUUCAUGGCAAGACCAUCCCCAUCAACAAUGCUCGACCAAACCACAACCUCACCAUCACAAAGAAAGAGCCAAUUGGUGUAUGUGGCCUUGUGACUCCCUGGAACUAUCCUCUGAUGAUGUUGUCUUGGAAGAUGGCUGCCUGUCUCGCUGCAGGGAACACUGUUGUGAUCAAGCCCGCUCAGGUCUCCCCACUUACUGCUCUCAAGUUUGCUGAACUCUCUGCCAGGGCCGGCAUCCCUCCAGGCGUCAUCAACGUCCUGCCCGGAACUGGCAGUGUAUGUGGCCAGGCCAUUGCUGAUCACCCAGAUGUCCGCAAGCUUGGCUUCACGGGUAGUACAGAGAUUGGACAGGUCAUCAUGAAGUCCUGUGCCGAGAGCAACUUAAAGAAGGUGUCCUUAGAGCUUGGUGGAAAGUCUCCUUUCAUUAUCUUUGCUGACUGUGACUUAGAUAAAGCUGUGAGAAUGGGAAUGAGCAGUGUGUUCUUUAACAAGGGUGAGAACUGUAUUGCUGCAGGAAGACUGUUCAUUGAGGAGUCCAUCCAUGAUGAAUUUGUGAGGAGAAUUGUUGAAGAGUGUAAGAAGAUGGUAAUCGGUGAUCCUCUUGACCGUGGCACGGCUCACGGACCACAGAACCACAAGGCUCACUUCGACAAGCUGCUGGAAUAUAUUGAUAUUGGUGUGAAGGAGGGAGCCACGCUGGUCUACGGUGGUAAGAAGGUUGACCGACCAGGAUUCUUCCUCCAUCCAACUGUAUUCACCAAUGUUGAAGAUCAUAUGUAUAUUGCCAAGGAGGAAAGCUUUGGCCCUAUCAUGAUCAUUUCUAAAUUUGCAAAUGGAGAAGUUGAGGAGGUGGUCACCCGAGCCAAUAACACCGAGUUUGGUCUGGCCUCUGGAGUUAUGACAAAAGACCUCAGUAAAGCCCUCCUUGUGUCCGAGAAGCUAGAUGCUGGCACGUGUUUUGUCAACACUUACAAUAAGACAGACGUUGCCGCACCAUUUGGAGGAUUUAAGCAGAGUGGCUUUGGGAAGGACCUUGGGGAAGAGGCACUCCAUGAGUACCUCAAAACCAAAACCAUCACAUUUGAGUAUUGAGUGUGAAGAAGAUAUGGAUCUACUAAUUCUCAUGUUGGUAGAUUUUUUACCCACAUGUUAACAUAUAAGUGCACCUUUGGGGUCUGUCUGGAAAUGGGUUACUCCAUAUUUUCAUAAUUUUGUAUGUAAACUGAAUCUGUGUACAGUCAUUGAUAUUUCAUCUCAUAAAUGAUCAAUGAUUGUUAUCAGAGAGUUGCGUGUCAAGUAGCUCCAGUUCUAAUAGACCCCAAUUUAACCGAACCAAGCCAUUAAUACUGGCCUAUUAGGACUGGGGUCAAUUUAAUCCAUCACCUAUCGGACAACUUUUAUCCACGUAACAUAAAAUUGCCUUCCUCGGUAAUAAGAUCGGUAAACCAACGAGUCUUACAAGUAUCAUGAACGAUACUCUUGGGUCACCAGCCACCGAGGGGAGGAUCUUGUUUGGCUGUGAGUGUUGUAUAAGCGAGACAUGUGUGAAGUAGAGUGAAGAAUUUCACCCUCUAACCCAGUAAGACAAAAAUAUCCUUUUUUUUUUUUUUUUUUUUUCAGUCAUAAAAAAUCAGACUAAUGGCAGAAGUAGAAUUGUAUGAUAUAUAUGUGGGUAUAUGGUGGUGUAUAAUUAUAUGAAGAAAUGUAUACAGUUAAUGUCUAAAGAAAGAAUUAAUGAUUUUGUGGUACAGUACACAUUUAUGUGUCGGUAUGAAUCAUGCAGUAGAUAUGAUCAUGACUGUUGCUCUUGUAUCUUCCAAAGGCUUGACACUGCUGAAGAUAAAAAGGAAACUAGAGUAGAUAUCUGUUUAAACACAUUAACUGAGACCUUGUGACACCUGGCCCUCACACAGUGCUUUACAGUGCCUGUUAUCAUCUAUCCCUAAUGCAGGAUUUUGAGAUCAUAAAUAACUUUUGCAGAUUACAUUACAAGAUCUGAUUUCCCUCUAGUUGCCUUUGAAAUAAAUACUGUACUCUGAUGACUUGUUUUAUAAAACGAAAAUAGGUUAGAAGGUAAUAAAAAUGUCUGAAGUGACUUGUUGAUAUUAGAAGUCGAUUGAGGAGGAAAAUACUCGUUGUCUGGAAGUUUUUGUUUUAGGAAAUUAAGUGACAAAUUACAAAGUUACAGUGAUUGUUGGUUUCAUGAAUUUGUAGAGCAAUGACAAAAUUGAUGACCAUUACUCUUAAGUCACUUAUUAUAUAAUGUGGUAUAUAACUUGUUUGUUGAACCUUCAAAAUGACAUUUUUUAUCCUGGAAUAAUUCAGUCUUUGUAUAAUUCAUCUACCUUUGGUUAUGAGUGAAGAUAAGUAGCAGAGUUCAUGAACAUGUUAAUUGAUUGAUAAGAAGAAGCCACCAAUGUAUUAAAAAUUGUCCAUGUUUGGGAGUACUGUAUAUUAAUACAAUUGAUAUCUUGUGCCAACAGAAUUGAUAUACACCCUGUUGUUAUUUUCAUAACUUGUUGUAUGAUGAAUGAUUUUGCCUGGUGUGAAUAGAGAGAGAUAAGAGGAGCAUGAAUUGAUGUUAGUGAUAGUUAUUAUAUAACUAUUUUGUUAAUUUGUAGUAAAUUUGUUACAUGUAAAUGAAAUGCGUUUCUCUACAUCUUCUUAUAUUAUCAACAUUUCUUUUUAAUACUUUACAUGUCAUUGGAAUAAUUUAAAUGGACCAUUGGUUAAUUCCUCUACAUUGUGCCUCACCAGGAGUGUGGUGUGAAGGUGUUUUGCCUUCAUGAACCUGAUGAAAUACAUUGAAGUGAGUUCAAGAACUUUAAUGUAAUAUAUUGUGAAGGUUUAUCCACAAAGUGCAGUUUGACAUUUUGUUCUUACAAGAUUAUACUUGUGAUGUCUUUAAGUUUGGAUGUAAGCCUGAAAGGGGAAGUAAAAGUUAAUGGUC